CCGCUCCCUCCCUGUUUGCCUGCUGACUCCGGGCUCACUGAAGACGCCCUUAGCAACAACACACAGCUGCGUCGAAUAAGACACUUCUACCAACCGGAGAAGACGGAUUAAACACCGCCGCUUUAGCGCACCGAGUACAGGCGAAGCUUUUUCUGCGACGGCGAUGCUCCGGUUGUCUCUACAGCUAACAUGGGGCUCGAGUACAGCUAGCUCGCUAGUAGCCUGUUGUGGCUAGCAAUCCCCAAAGGCGAGCGAAGCUGUUCCCGAAGGAGGACACAAUCGUGGGGGGUUCAACCGAGUGGUAGCAUCGCAGCUUUGCUAACGACAAAAGUCUAGCUAACCGGGAAUAAGCACGGGAAUGGUGCUCGGGAUCGACUCACUGUACCGACAGAGAAAGGCGAGGGGCGCGCGGGUCAGACCACCGAGCUGUGAUAUUUGGACUCAAACGGUUUUUAACAGAGGGGACGGCUCUCGCGCGGACCAGUGUUUUUGUGACUGUGCGAGCUAGCUGGCAGAGCUAGCCGAGAGAAACGACCCCCACACCCCUUGUGUUUUUAAACUGCAGCCGAGGCUAAUGUCAGCAGCACGCUGAAUACACAAGUCUGGUUUUAGUAAGACAAGGAGAAAACACAGUUAAUGCCCAGACGAAAGCUCGCUAACCCCCAAAAACAAAAUAACCCCGACUUCUAUAAUUUAAAGCACAAGUCAAGGGGUGUUUGGACGUAUUAGCAAACACUAAACCGAUUAACGGCAAAGUCAUAAAUGCUUUUAGUUAACUUUGCUUUGUGACUCUAGAUUUUAAUCUGUUUUUCCACUUUUUUUUUUUUGUUAUUCGGGAUUUUUUUUUUCUUCACUUCGGAUGCUGGCAUCACAUAUUAAUUGCAAUCAUGAUGAUAAUAAGCAGAAAACCAGAGGGCCCAAUAGCAACAGCUCGCCAUGGUGAUGGUCUGUAUGACUCGUACAUGAGGACAGACCACAUCCUUAAAGACGAAGCGGAUACAAACAGUCCGUCUGGGCUGCCCCCUAUGCCCAAACACACAGUUGUCGGUAACAAGACCGUAAUGAGGGAUCAGGUCACCGUGCGAGGUGGUCAGCUGAAGGUGAAGUACCUGUACGAAGACUCCACCAACAACCGAAAGAUCAACGCCAUAACCACAGGAGCCCCUCACAACAGUGGGACCACAGGUCUGACGCCCACUAAAGCUGCCCCGGUCUCCAGCCUGUCCAAGGAGCACAGUGUAGACAGCACUGAAUCCAGUAAGGGCUCCGCUGAGUGCUCCGGGCCGAAUGGAGUUGGAAGUGGAGGGAACAGUGGGAAGCUGUGUGGCCCUCUCACUCCGGACCAGGCUCUGAGACUGUACCGCUCUCAACUGACCACCCUGGAGCAGACGGAGAUCCACUCCUACCCAGACAUCUUCUUUGUGGGACCCAAUGCCAAGAAGAGGCCCGCAGUCGCCGGAGGCACCAACAACUGUGGCUACGACGACGAGCAGGGUGGAUACAUUCAUGUCGCCCACGACCACCUGGCUUACCGCUACGAGUUCCUCAAGAUCAUUGGUAAAGGCAGCUUUGGCCAGGUGGCUAAGGUGUACGAUCACAAACUGCAGCAGCACCUGGCUCUCAAGAUGGUGCGCAACGAGAAGCGCUUCCACCGGCAGGCGCAGGAGGAGAUCCGCAUCCUGGAGCACCUGCGCAAGCAGGACCGCAACGGCACGAUGAACGUCGUGCACAUGCUCGAGAACUUCACCUUUCGCAACCACAUCUGCAUGACCUUCGAGCUGCUGAGCAUGAACUUGUACGAGCUCAUCAAGCGCAACAAGUUCCAGGGCUUCAGCCUGCCGCUGGUCAGGAAGUUUGCACACUCCAUCCUGCAGUGCCUGGAGGCCCUGAGCAAGCACCGGAUCAUCCACUGUGAUCUCAAGCCAGAGAACAUCCUGCUCAAGCAGCAGGGACGCAGCGGCAUCAAGGUGAUUGACUUUGGCUCCAGCUGUUUCGAGCACCAGCGGGUGUACACGUACAUCCAGUCCCGUUUCUACCGAGCUCCAGAGGUGAUCCUCGGUUCCCGCUACGGCCUUCCCAUCGACAUGUGGAGCUUCGGCUGCAUACUGGCCGAGCUGCUGACCGGCUACCCGCUGUUCCCCGGCGAGGACGAGGGCGACCAGCUGGCCUGCGUCAUGGAGCUGCUGGGCAUGCCCCCGCAGAAGGUCCUGGAGCAGGCCAAACGGGCAAAGAACUUCAUCAACUCCAAGGGCCACCCUCGCUACUGCGGAGCCAACACCUUGCCCACGGGGGCCACCGUGCUCACGGGCUCUCGCUCUCGCCGCGGCAAGAUGAGAGGCCCCCCGGGUAGCAAGGAGUGGAGCGCUGCGCUCAAGGGCUGCGAGGACCCCACCUUUACUGACUUCAUAAAGAAGUGUUUGGACUGGGACCCCUCGUCUCGUCUCACGCCGAUCCAGGCCCUCAGACACCCGUGGCUGUAUCGGCGUCUACCCAAACCUGUACUGGGGGCCGAGAAGAGCCAAGGGGCCCCUGUGAAAAGGCUCCCCGAGCACCACAGCACCUCCUUCCCCUCGCUCCUGGCCAAAGGAGGGCCCGGCUUAGGUGGCGCAGCCGUCAACAACAAACUGAGGAGCAACAUGAUCGGAGACUCAGUAGAGGCCAUACCUCUUCGCACAGUCCUACCCAAACUUGUCUCCUAGAGAGAGAGCCCCGUGAUCUCCUCUCUUCCUCCUCUGCACUCCUCAGGAGGAGUCAGAGCACAGGACAAAGUGGAGACUAGCUCUCGUUUGGUUGUUCUUUUUAUUUGUUUUCUACUGAGAGGUGUCGACACCCCCAGUUCCUGGUUUUAAUAUUAGCUGAACAGAGAGAAAGAGAGACAAUAAAAGAAACACAGUUUUUAUAUAGAGGACUUCCUUGAGCGGCUGUGGAGUUUGUGUAUACAGCCAUCGAUGAGGUUUGAUUCUAAGACGAUGCUUUUUAAAAACUUUCUGGUAUGAGUGGACGGCUUCGUAAAAAUGAGCAAAUGUUUUUAAACCUGCGUGUGUUCUCAACGUAAGUGGAGUGUUUUGGUAAGUCUCACUCAAAGCACAGCUGCACUCUCGCCUCACGUCACACUCUUAACACUCGGAGGACGCCUCCCUUUCUUGGCGGGCGUUUCUUUGAGUGAAACUUGAAAAGGGCUACAAAGAUUACUCUUAUCACUUUAGAGUUGGCAAAGCAAAGAUUUGUUCAGCACAACGUGAUUGACAAGAACAAACGGAAUCAAGCGGUAGUGUAGUGCCCCGCACACACUGAAACAGUUCUCCCUCGUAGAUACAACAGCAACGCCUUCACACAGGGAACGAGGGAUUGGCAUUAUGUAGUGAAGAAUUCGGAAACCGUUUUCCAGCAAUAAGUCUUCACUUCGUUGUCUUUUUCUAGUGACGCUCUCUUUCUGCCUUUCUUUUUUUUUUUGUCUGAUCCCUGGUGCUUGCAUGUCGGCUCGAUCUGUGAUGUUUGUCUGUGCGUGUGCUUUAGCUUCGUGGUGCUCUGUGGGAGGCACAUUGAGAGGGCGUCGGGCAACCUAUUUACAGCCCCGUCCUCCUCACAGCGAACCGUCUGGGGGUGAGGAGACCGUCAAACUCAAAACUGUCACAAAGGUAUCGCCAUCACACACUCAGCCGGCCUUGUGAGUCUGGCUCACAUAAACUGAUCUAUAUUAAAGAGAGAGAGAGAGAGAGGAGAGCUGCAACUCAUUGCACAUACUCACCUUCGAGGUGGAAAGUUAAAAGUUUGUAUCAAUGUCACCUAAUUGAAUUAUUCCUAAUGGAGCAAUCGUGCAAGGUGAGAUAGAUCAUGGGAUAAGAAGAGCAGUAUGUUUAAUAUGAGCCAAGCUGUGUUUUUUUUUAAAUUUCUUUUAAUUUCAGGGGGUGUUGUGGAAGAGUCGGGCUAGUGACGAAGGAGUGUUUUUAUGGUACUGAAGGAAGAAGCGUUUCUCAGGGAGACACACUUGAUACAUCCCGUAAUUGUAUUUACUAUGUUCCACUUACAGUCCCGACCGCGGGUGAGCAUGCGUGUAGUUCUGUCCAUUGAGAUCAAGAGAAUGCGUCUGCGAAGGGGGUCUGCAUGCUCCACAAUCUGACCUAGAUCCCCCCCCCCCCACCUCUCUCUUUUUAUCGUCUCUCACUCUCGUCUCAUGUAGGGCAGGGAACCUCUUAAACUCACACGUAUACAGUGAAUUAUGGUGCUGUCCAAAAAAUGCACACACACACUCUCUCACACACACACUCACACGUCAGGUGCACGUUGUAUGGACCACACCGUUCAAAGAGUUCUUUCUCUCGUCCCUCGUUUCCGAAGUGUGAAUGUCAGGGAUUUCUACUCUGUCUCUGUUUUAUUUUAUUUUAUUUUUUUUUUUAUAGAAGUGAUUUCUAUUUGCUAUUCAGUCCAGAAUAUCAGAGGAUGUAAAACGCGAAAGCUGAAAAAGAGAAAAGCAGUAUACUGUCAUGUUGUACCUAGUGGUGUGCGUUAGUAGGAGGGUGUUUGGUGUUCCAGCAUGAAAUCACAACCUGUUAUCAGACCGAGUGACUACGAGAAGAGAAACUGUACAGUAACCAAAUGAAGUUGUGAUAGUUUCUUUUUCUAAGGAAAAUAAAAAUGAUUAUUAACUUA